AGAAAAUGACCGAAUAUGAAAAAUGGAUCCCACAAUCCCUCAUGACCCAUUCUAAAUAAGAAGUUCUGGAAUAUAUAAAGAAAAAUUAAUUAUAUUUUCCUGAACAUUUGAAACCAAAACUUUUGAAAUGGAAUUCCUUCCCAAUAAUAAAGUUUAGCACUUUAGAAAUUGAAGUGUGUUUCGGGGCUUUAUUUUAUUAAAUUAUACAACUCUCUUAAAAAUAAACUGUGAGAAAUAACUUUGUUAAAUUUUUAAACCAUUAGGUUAAUGAUUUAACAUUUGAUUUAUUAAUUUCUCUUAGUAAAUUUAUUUUUCAGAAAAACUCUUUAAACCCUUUUCCUCAAAGCGAUGAAUUUUAAUCUAUUGGUAAAUGUUUUUAGGAAAGCUUUAUAUAUGAAAAACAUGUAGCAUACAGAAAUCCUUCAUUUUAUAAAUGUUUAAAUGGUAUGUAGGUUGAUGAUUUAAAUGAAUAAGAUUUAAAAUAUAGAAUAGUAUUGUAUGUAACUGAUGGAAAGGAUGGCAGCAUAGCUCACUUAUUUUUUUCUACAAAUAAUGAUUUUUAAUAAAUGAUGCAAAAAUCAAUUGAAAAAUCAAAUGAAAAUGUAUUUUCAACAUAAGUAAUAAAUUCUCUACAAGAGGAUAAACCAUUAAAAAAAUAAACCAGGUUAUUAACUUUUUCAAGUCAAAACGAAAAUUAAGAAUGCCCGAUUUGUACUGAAAUUUAUAAUGUAAAUUCAAAUCAGGCUAUUUUAACUCCUUGUUGUUAAAAAAAACUUCACAAAGAAUGUAUCUAAGAGGAUUUAUGUUCAAAAGCAAAAGAAAAUUUGAAUUUUAAGAAUGUAAAAUGUUGUAACUGUGAAUAAUCAUUGGAAAAUAAUGAGAAUUUUAUUAAGGAAAAUAUUACUAAGUAACUUUUUGGUGAAAUCGUAAAAAAACAAGUAUUAGCAAGCAUUCCUAUAAAAUGUUUUUCAUGCUCUUUACCAAUUGAUGUAGGUUAGGAGAUUUUAUCACAAUAGAUUUAGAUUGAAUGCAGAAGAUGUCAAAAAAAACUUUGUAGUCUUUGUAGACAAGAAUAUCAUGGUAAAAAUUAAUAAGUAAAAUUUUUAAAAAUAUAUUAGAAUUAAUAAUGUCCAAGUUUAUCUGUAGAAAUUUACAAAGCAAUGAAGGGUUAACCAGUUCUUGUUUGUCCCUUUUGUAAUUUAAUGUAAACAAAAGAUGAUAAAUGCAAUCAUGUACGCUGUUUUAGUUGCUAAAAAGAAUUAUGUUCAGCCUGUUCGGUUGAUAGAGUACCAAUAAUAAGUCAUGGCAAUCAUUACCAUAGAUAAGGUUGUCCUGACUAUAAACAAUGGAUAGUUAAAGGUCAAAAAAUUGAUUAACCAGAAUUUGAUAUCAAAAAAUGUAAAUUAUGUAAGUAAUCAAACAAACCAUGUGAAUACCCAAUAAGUUUAGAAGAAUAUAAAAAAAGUAAAAAUUUUUGAUAUUUGGUCUAAACAAUCCAGA